UCUCUCUCUCUCUCUCCCUCCUCUAAAAAUGACCAAUCAAAAUCAGAUUUUUAGUUAUAAAUAGAUAGCUGAAAAACUCAAUACUUAAACAAAUUCUUUUCCAAUCCAAUGGCUUCCUUCUCUCUAUGUUUCAUCUCUUUCCUCUGUUUCUUGUUUGGCCAUGGAGUUCUUCAGCUUCAAGCUUCUCACCAUGUUUACAGAGCUCAAUUAUCUAACUCUCUUCCCCAUCAUUAUCAGCAACCUUAUAGAACUUCCUACCAUUUUCAACCUCCCAAGAAUUGGAUCAAUGAUCCAAAUGGUCCAAUGAUAUACAAAGGAAUUUAUCAUUUGUUUUACCAAUACAACCCAAAAGGAGCCGUGUGGGGCAACAUUGUGUGGGCCCACUCCACAUCAACGGACUUGAUCAACUGGGAACCUCACGAUCACGCUAUCUACCCAUCUCAGCCGUCCGAUAUUAACGGCUGCUGGUCGGGAUCCGCCACCAUCCUCCCCGGCGACAAACCGGCGAUUUUGUACACAGGAAUUAAUCCGAAAAACCAACAAGUUCAAAACUUGGCUGUUCCUAAGAAUCUCUCCGACCCAUAUCUAAGAGAAUGGGUGAAAUCCCCAAAAAACCCUCUCAUGGCCCCCACCCCACAAAACCACAUCAACUCCAGCUCCUUCCGGGACCCCACCACCGCCUGGCUCGGCCCCGACGGCGAAUGGCGAGUCAUCAUCGGGAGCAAAAUUAAUGCCCGUGGACUCGCCAUCAUGUACCAAAGCAAAGAUUUCGUUAAGUGGGAUCAGGUUGACCAUCCGCUUCAUUAUGCGGACGGAACAGGAAUGUGGGAGUGUCCGGAUUUCUUCCCGGUGGCGAAGACCGGUCGGAAAGGGGUUGACACGAGCGUGAGCGGAGGGCACGUGAAGCACGUGCUAAAGGUGAGCUUGGAUGAUACAAAGCAUGACCACUAUACAGUUGGAAACUAUGAUUUGGAGAAAGAUAUUUAUGUUCCAAACAAAGGAUCAAUUGAAGGUUACAUGGGAUUGAGAUAUGAUUAUGGGAAAUAUUAUGCUUCAAAAACUUUCUAUGACGGGCAAAAGAAAAGGAGAGUUUUGUGGGGUUGGGUGAACGAAUCAUCAAGUGUUGAAGAUGAUAUCAAGAAAGGAUGGUCUGGCAUCCAGGCAAUUCCAAGGACUAUUUGGUUGGAUGCUUCUGGGAAGCAACUAAUUCAAUGGCCAAUUGAGGAAAUACAAAAGCUUAGAAAGGACAAAGUUAAAUUGACAAACAAAGUAUUGAAGAAAGGAUCAUUGAUUGAAGUAAAAGGUGUAACAGCAGCACAGGCAGAUGUUGAGGUUUCAUUUAAAGUAAAAAACUUUAAGAAAGCUCAAAUAUUGAAACCUGAAUGGAAAGACCCACAAUUGCUUUGUAGCCAAAAGGGAGCAACUACAAAAGGUGGAGUUGGUUCAUUUGGGCUUCUAGUUUUGGCUUCAAAAGACUUGAAAGAGUACACUUCCAUCUCCUUUACGAUAUUCAAAAGACAAGGCAAAUACAUCGUACUUAUGUGUAGUGACCAAAGCAGGUCUUCGUUGAAUCCAAACAAUGACAAGACAACAUAUGGAGCAUUCUUAAAUGUGGACCCAGUUAGUGAAGAUCUUUCACUAAGAAGUUUGAUUGAUCACUCGGUUGUUGAGAGCUUUGGAUCUAAGGGGAAGGCUUGCAUUACAGCUAGAGUUUAUCCAACAUUAGCCAUUGGAGACAAUGUUGGUCUCUAUGUUUUCAACAAUGGAACAGAAAGUGUCACCAUCACAAAACUCGGUGCUUGGAGCUUGAAGAAAGCUCAAAUCAAUUAAAUACAAGACUAGUUUCAUAAGCCAUUGUUUACUUUUUUUCUGCAUUUUGAUAAAGCCAAUUGGCAAUUGAAUAAAAGAACCCUUUUACUUAUAAUCAUUUCUGUUGAAACUGU